GAACAUUGAUAGAAGAUGGAAGAAGAGAUAAGCUAAGAUAACCUCAUCCGUUCCAUGGUUCGUCUGUACAACCUCCACAUCGUCAUUUCGCCAUAAUCAGAGGAAUCAUUGCACAUCCAUUACACCAUCCAUCACCACCACACUUUUCUUCAGCUUCAUCCAUUUCAUCCAUCAACAUGCCUCACCACCACCAUGCUCUUCAUCCGCUCCAUCCUCCCCUACCAAAAUGAAAACACAAAUGUCCUCAUCAACCAAACCCCCUUCAACCAAUCCACCCUCACCCAUUUCAACUACACCCUCUACUCAAACGGCACCCUCUCCAACACCACCCACUGCUAUCUCACCUUCAACUCCUUCCACCCUCACCUCUUCUCCAAUGGCUCCUUCAUCAACGCCACCUCCUGCUACUCCCCCAUCAACGAGAUCCGCGCUCACGCCUCCCUCGGACUAGCCUUUGCCCUCCUCUACGCUCUCACCAUCAUCUUCACCCUGGUAAACAUCAGGAAACAUGGUCGGCGCUACCUCCCCGUAGAUGGACGAUAUAGCACCUUCUCCCGUGUCGUCACGUACUACUGGCUCCUCGCCGUUGCGGUGCUAGCCGCGAUAAGCUGCUUUAUGGGCGUUGAUGUCGAUAGAGAUUAUCUGCAGAGUGACCCCUUGGUCUUGCAGAGUAUUUUUUACAUGUUUGUCACACCGGCUUCAAUGGCUUCUGUCUGGGAGGCUGUUCGUCAUUGGUCCACCUGGCAAAAACGCCAAAUCCACGACCGAGACCCCUACGCCUUCACCUUCUCCCCGCCUUCCUCCCGGACAUACCAGGAAAACACCCUCCCCCUCCUCUUCUACGCCCUAGCACUCACCACCCUCCUCCUCUCCCUCCUGCAUCCAUGGGCGCAGAUCCCGCUCCAGCGCAGUCCAGAACAGCAGGCCCUCAUCGCGGAGCCAGUAGCCACUGAUCCCCGCUUCAAGGGGGCGGGGUAUGCAUCCCUCGCGUGCUGCGUGGUGAUACUAUAUAGCGUUCUGCAUAGUAUCCACCGCUACCUGCCUGCGGAGUCAAAGUCGAAGCGGGGGAAGUUGGUUUCCAGUUUGAAAUGCGUUCCCCCGCGUCUAGCGUUCGUGAUGAUCCUCCUAGCUGUAAAGGUAUCGUAUGCUCUUGCCGCGGCGUAUGACUUUUCCAUUUCCCCGAUGAGGUAUAAUGUCCAUCCGGCUGUGUUGUAUGGGCUAGGCCAUGCGCCGGCGGUACUGAUUAUCUGUGUCUUGAAUGUGUGUGGAUUCAGUGAUUUAAACGAAGACAAGGCGUUGCUUGUUCUGCGGGCGGAGAGGGAUGAUGCGUUUGUGUUUGGGAGGGGAAGGGGUCAGAGGGGAUUUCAGGGUCUGUAUGGGAAGGAGGAGCAGUUGAGGGCUUUUGUUAGGGAGGUUGAGGGGAGGAGUCUUAAUAGGGGUAAUGGUAAUAGUCGGAGUGAGGGUUACGAGAUGGGGGAUUUAGGGGAUGAGGACGGUGGUGCGCCAGAGUAUGCUUGAUGUUUAUGAUAUGUAUGAGUAAUGUAUAAUGUAUGGUUAGGAUGGUUAAUGGAAGUUUACGACAUGCAACUGAAUCAAG